AUGAAAAACAAUACUCACACUUCAAUGGCUUCUCCUUCUCUCUCAGUUCCCUACGCUCUUCUUCCAAGCAUUCAGCAAACACACCUCAUUGAUGAUGAUGAUGAUCCUAUAACCAUUGAUAGAAGCAUCUUCAGUUUAUUGGAGAACAAGCGUUAUGAGUGGAAGAACAUGUUGAUGGGUCAUGUUGGAGCAUGGUGUGUUGGUUCUUCUCACGGUUGGAUUGUGCUUUUGGAUCAGAAUGGAGUUCCACUUCUUCUAAAUUCUUCUUCUUCCACUACCAUUAACGUACCACCUCUUCCCCUUUCAUUCUUGCACCCUGUCACAUAUUCUUACUUUGCUGAAUACUUAAGGAAAACCUUCAUAGUCAAAGCAACCUUGAUGUUUUCUUCCUCUCCCUCAAGCUACAUUCUUGCCAUCAUAUAUGGUUCAAACAACAAGAUUGCUUAUUGCAAUUCUGCAACUUGGGUUGAGCUCUCUCAUGAUACGCAAUCGUACUGUGACAUUGUGUUCAGCAACAACUAUCUUUAUGCCUUAAAACAAGAUGGUUCUGUUGAAGUUUGGAAUAUUUGUGGGCAAAUUCCUAAAAGAUUGAUUCUUUUAACACCAACUGUGGAGGAGAAUGAUGAAGAUGAGAAAUCAUAUUUAGGAGAUAACUUUUCAAGAAAUUUGUACUUGGUGGUAUCUGCAAAAGAAAUCUUUCUGGUGAUAAGGUUUAUUGGGAAUUUUGUGAAUGAUGAUGGGUUGGUAGUAGAAGAAGGAGAUCUUUUAUCAUCUGAGGAUACACAACCAUUGAUUUGUCCUUAUAGAACAAAGUAUUUUACUGUUUAUAAGCUUGAUAUUCGCGACAAGAAGUGGAAAAAGAUGAGAUCUUUACAUGAUAAAGUUCUGUUCUUGGGUGCUAAUGAGUCUGUAUCAAUGGAUGCUAAAGCUUGCUUGGGGUGUGAAGGAAACUCAAUCUACUUCACAGAUGAUAGGUGGGAAGAGAUGACUUUGGACUACAUGUACGGUGGACAUGAUUGGGGUGUUUUCAAUCUUCAAGAGAAAUGUGUUAAGAGCCUCAUGCAAUGUGCAAAUAAGAUUGAUCCUCCACCAAUUUGGUUUGAAGAUUUUCGAAGCAAGUGGGCAUUUAAGUUAUUACAGCGGUACAGAAUGUUCAAUGAUGAUGUGCAGGGAACUGCUGGUGUUGCAAUUGCUGGAAGUGCUGGAAUUGGGGUUCUCAAUGCUGCAAGAAAAACAAUGGCAAGGAUGUUGGGGAAUAAUGAGAUUGCUUAUGAGUGUGCAAAAAGUCAAUUUUGGGUCGUUGAGGCAAAGGGGUUAAUCACUGAAGGAUGGGAAAAUAUUGAUCCAGAUGCCCUACCUUUUGCAAGAAAUUUGAAAGAAAUGGAUCGUCAAGGACUCAGGAAAGGAGCAAGCCUUGUGGAAGUGGUUUGUGAAAAUGAUCUCUUUACUUGA